AUGGCCGGCAGCAAGUACAACGUGGGCAUAAUCGGCUAUGGACUGAGCGCAAAGACGUUCCAUAUUCCUUUCAUCAAGGCAGUCUCCGAUUUCAAUUUGUAUGCGAUCGUUCAGAGAAGCCCUAAGCCCAACGAUGAUGCAAGCAAAGACCAUCCGGGUAUCAAGCUAUAUCAUUCAGCGGACGAUCUCUACAAGGACGACCAAGUCCAUGUGGUAAUUGUUACUACGAGCCCGGAGCUACAUCUAGAAAUGGCGAAGGCUGCCCUGCUUGCAAAAAAACAUGUCGUGGUGGAAAAGCCGUUCACUCCAACGGCAGCUGAGGCACAAGAACUCGUGAACACGGCAAAAGCACAGGGCGUACUUGUAACAGUUUAUCAGAACCGGCGAUGGGACUCUGAUUUCUUGACACUCAAGAAGUACAUCCAGGACGGUAGCCUGGGAAGGGUCGUCGAAUUUGAAUCUCACUUUGACCGACAUCGUCCUGGCCCACCGGCCAAUACGUGGAAGGCUCACCCGACGCCUGGUAACAGCGCCGUGUACGAUCUAGGCACUCACCUGAUGGAUCAAGUGGUUCAUCUAUUUGGUAUGCCCGAACGGGUGACUGGGUUUGUGGGCUCGCAGAGAGCAGAAAACCCGACUGGCCUGGAGGACUCUUGCACUGUGCUAUUGCACUACCCAGGCAUGCUUGCCACAGUCAAAGCUGGGGUAGUAAGCCCUGAGGUACAACAACUACGCUUCUGGGUCCGAGGCGUGAACGGAUCAUUCAAAAAGUUUCACUUGGAUCCACAAGAAGACCAGUUGAGAAAGCAAGGCCUGGGCCCGGGAGACAAAGGCUACGGGUACGAGCCCGAAGCGAGAUACGGAACGCUCAACAUCUGCAAAGACGACAAGAUUGAAAGCCAGGUCGUGCCGACCGUGGAGCCGCUCACGUAUGUUGAGUAUUAUCGGAGACUGGCAGCUGCCUUGAACGGAGAUGCUGCCCAGAUCCCUGUGCCUCCUGAGCAGGCGGUAGGGGUCAUCAGGCUCGUAGAGCUUGCAAGAGAGAGUUCGAAGCUAGGCAAGACACUGGAGGUCUAG